AUGUCAAGUAUUCUCUUGCUAGUCUUCCUCUUCUCGGCCUUCUGUGCAUGCCUACAUGAGUCGCAUGGGAUUCAGCUUGACGUUGUAUUCCCGCGAGAUAAAGCAACAUACAAGCCAGUCUAUCCGUUUCCGAUCGUUUUCGCCUUUCAUAAUCUCAGCAGAAUUGCUACAAAAGACGUGCAAUUAAUUUGGCGGCUAGUGGGCUUAGAUCCUCCGCCGUCCCCGGGCAUCCAGGACUUUGGCCGCAGACUUUUAGAUCACUCAUUAUUGUCAUACCCAGACGAGCUUUUAAUCCUCAACUCAACCAGGGAGAUCCUUAAUUCAACUACGGGCACCUUUAACCUUAACUACCUCUUUGAAAUCGACUAUGACUGUUUCGACAACAUAACACGUCCAGAGUAUAAUAGGACAUAUGGUCGUGGGGGUACAGUGCAGUUUAAGCUUAGCCAUGACGGAGAUAUACCCGAUAUCCUAUCGGCUGGCCCAUAUGCACAACCUCUGCUAUCCAUAGGCUAUGAAGGAGAUUCGACAAAUUCGACUGGAGGUGUCUGUCAUUCAAUUUUCGAGAAGCCAGUUCAAGCAAACGCUCUAAAAAUCGAUGAAGCUCUUGCCUCUUGUGUGUCUAGUGCAAUGAUGGCUACAGUUUCUUGUACCGCUGGCUCAUGGCCAAAUAACCUUACCGAUUUGCCUUCGCACUAUCCAUAUGAAUGCCCGUCAAAGUCUGAAAUUAAUAUGUCCGUUGGCAGAGAUACAGUCGGUGUCAUGUCUAUUGUAGUCCUUGCUGCUACGCUUGGCUUUUUAAGAGUCCUCCUAUAA